GCACAAGAAGCUCCUCAGGACGUGAUUGGGAGAAGGCUAAUGAUGAAAAACUCACAUAAUUUGAAGGUUCAUGAAAGGAUUCACACUCGAGAAAAGUCAUACCAGUGCAAUGUGUGCAAGAAGAAUUUCUCACAUUCACAUAAUUUGAAGGAUCAUAAGUGGAUUCACAUUGGAGAAAAGCCAUUCCACUGCAAUGUGUGCAAAAAGAAUUUCUCACAUUCACCAUAUUUGAAGGCUCAUGAAAAGAUUCACACUAGAGGAAAGCCAUUCCACUGCAGUGUGUGCAAGAAGAAUUUCUCUCAGUCAUCUUAUUUGAAGCAACAUGAGUGGAUUCACACCGGAGAAAAGCACUUUCAGUGUAGUUUUUGUUCAAAGAAAUUUUUUUCAUUGAAGAGUUUGAGAAGGCACAAAAAAAUUAAAAUGUGUAAGGAAGUGAAUUACCCAGCCACUUUAUCGAGUAAUCUGACGGAUUCUGAUAAAAUGAUAUGGGCAAUAAUAGAAUUAGCUGGACUGUAA